GGCGCGACGUCGGCCGUGCGGGGUCCCGGCGUCGGCGGCGCGCGCGCUCCCUCCUCUCAGAGAGAGGGCUGUGGUAAAAGCCGUCCGGAAAAUGGCCGCCGCCGCCGCUGCCGCGCCGAGCGGAGGAGGAGGAGGAGGCGAGGAGGAGAGACUGGAAGAAAAGUCAGAAGACCAGGAUCUCCAGGGCCUCAAGGACAAACCUCUGAAGUUCAAAAAGGUGAAGAAGGAUAAGAAAGAAGACAAAGAGGGCAAGCAUGAGCCCCUGCAGCCACCCGCCCACCACUCUGCUGAACCAGCAGAGGCAGGCAAAGCGGAGACCUCAGAAGGGUCAGGCACAGCCCCAGCCGUCCCGGAAGCUUCUGCCUCCCCUAAACAGCGGCGCUCCAUCAUUCGUGACCGGGGACCCAUGUAUGACGAUCCCACUCUGCCUGAAGGCUGGACCCGAAAGCUGAAGCAAAGGAAAUCUGGCCGCUCCGCUGGGAAGUAUGAUGUGUAUUUGAUCAAUCCCCAGGGAAAAGCCUUUCGCUCUAAAGUGGAGUUGAUUGCGUACUUCGAAAAGGUAGGCGACACCUCCCUGGACCCUAAUGAUUUUGACUUCACGGUAACUGGGAGAGGGAGCCCCUCCCGGCGAGAGCAGAAACCACCUAAGAAGCCCAAAUCUCCCAAAGCUCCAGGAACUGGCAGAGGUCGGGGACGCCCCAAAGGGAGCGGCACUGCGAGACCCAAGGCAGCAGCAUCAGAGGGUGUGCAGGUGAAAAGGGUCCUGGAGAAAAGUCCCGGGAAGCUGCUGGUCAAGAUGCCUUUUCAAGCUUCGCCGGGGAGCAAGGCCGAAGGGGGUGGGGCCACCACGUCAGCCCAGGUCAUGGUUAUCAAACGCCCCGGCAGGAAGCGAAAAGCCGAGGCCGACCCCCAGGCCAUCCCCAAGAAGCGGGGCCGAAAGCCAGGUAGUGUGGUGGCAGCCGCCGCCGCGGAGGCCAAAAAGAAAGCAGUGAAGGAGUCUUCUAUCCGGUCCGUGCAGGAGACCGUGCUCCCCAUCAAGAAGCGCAAGACCCGGGAGACCGUCAGCAUCGAGGUGAAGGAGGUGGUGAAGCCCCUGCUGGUGUCCACCCUCGGUGAGAAGAGCGGAAAGGGACUGAAGACCUGCAAAAGCCCCGGGCGGAAAAGCAAGGAGAGCAGCCCCAAGGGGCGCGGCGGCAGCGCCUCCUCGCCCCCCAAGAAGGAGCACCACCACCACCACCACCACUCGGAGCCCCCAAAGGCGCCUGCGCCGCUGCUUCCGCCCCCGCCCCCGCCCCCGCCCGAGCCCCAGAGCUCCGAGGACCCCACCAGCCCCCCUGAGCCCCAGGACUUGAGCAGCGGCGUCUGCAAAGAGGAGAAGAUGCCGAGAGGAGGCUCGCUGGAGAGCGACGGCUGCCCCAAGGAGCCAGCUAAGACUCAGCCCGCGGUCGCGACCGCUGCCACGGCCGCAGAAAAGUACAAACACCGAGGGGAGGGAGAGCGCAAAGACAUUGUCUCGUCCUCCAUGCCGAGGCCAAACAGAGAGGAGCCUGUGGACAGCCGGACGCCCGUGACCGAGAGAGUUAGCUGACUUUACACAGAGCGGAUUGCAAAGCAAACCAACAAGAAUAAAGGCAGCUGUUGUCUCUUCUCCUUAUGGGUAGGGCUCUGACAAAGCUUCCCGAUUAACUGAAAUAAAAAAUAUUUUUUUUUCUUUCAGUAAA